AUGGCAGAUGAGACCCCCAAGCUAGAGCAGAUACCGAUAUCGUCGGAGACUAUUGCAAGCGACGAUGCGUCCGCCACAAACUCUCCAAAGAAGCAGCCGCAACCCUCGGGCUCGCAAGCCUCCCCUGGUCAAGACCUCGUCAUGUCAGACGCUCCCAUUGAUCAUGCCGCGUCACCUGUCCCGGCAGCAUUUGCUCCCAGCCCUGCGCCAGUCCGAAAUGGAACUCCGGCCCACGGUUCGCGAUCUGCCUCUGUCCACCCAGAUGCUGGACUCACCAUGCCCUCGGAAUCUGUGCCGAAUGGCGAUCCAACGCGACGAUAUUUAAACACGAAAGUGACCGGCGUUUUGCUCGACGGCAUGAAGCUACUGGCCAAGGAGCAGUCCGUACCCCGUCCACCAUGGCGAAGCGUGUUAUCGUUGACCGAAUGCCGCAGACCAAACGAUCCGCUACGAGUCCUAGGUGAAUACCUACUUCAACGUUCCAAGGAGUUGGACGAAUCGAGCUAG